AUGGGUUACACUGAAAACGGUUCCGCAACUUUCCUCACCAGUGGUAACCCCUGCUUGGACUUUUUCUUCCACGUCGUCCCCGACACUCCUGAAAAAACCCUGAUUCAGCGCCUCCAACUCGCUUGGAAUUCCAAUCCCUUGAUGACCCUGAAGCUUAUUUGCAAUCUCCGUGGCGUCAGGGGUACCGGAAAAUCUGAUAAAGAGGGAUAUUAUACUGCCGCCCUCUGGCUUCAUAAACAUCACCCGAAAACCCUGGCUCGCAAUGUGGCUGCCAUGGCUAAUUUCGGCUACUUUAAAGACUUCCCUGAGAUUCUCCACCGACUCUUGGAAGGAGCCGAUGUGCGAAAGAAGGAAAAAGAAGCGCACAACAGAAGGAACAAGCGCACCGGGAGCACCAGGAGGCUGACUCGGACGAAGAUGUUGAAGAAUAAGAGAGAUUCCACAACCAGGGAGGAGAGGAUACAGGCAAACUUGAAAAUUCAGGCAGUUGAGAAAAAGAAUGCCAGCAUACAAAGGCAUGCUAAGAAGGCUCAAAAGGCCAAGAAGGCCAUUCGGAGAUACGAGCGUGACCUGGAGUUCAAGUUGUUGCAUGAACGGGUCUCUGAUUUCUUUGCAGAGUCUUUAAAAGCAGACUUGAAAUUCCUCAGUUCCGGAGAGUUGAAAAAAAUUGGCCUAGCUGCAAAGUGGUGUCCCUCGCUGGAUUCUAUGUUUGAUAAAUCAACCCUUUUAUGUGAAAGCAUUGCUAGAAAGGUUUUCCCAAAGGAGGCGUAUCCUGAGUACCAGGUAAUUGAGGAUGUACAUUAUGCCUAUCGAGUGAGGGAUCGGUUGAGGAAGGAAGUUUUGGUCCCAUUAAGGAAGGCUUUGGAGCUGCCAGAGGUGUUCAUCGGCGCCAAUGAUUGGGGUUCCAUUCCUUACAACAGGGUGGCCUCAGUGGCUAUGAAACAGUACAAGGAGUAUUUUAUGGAGAAGGAUAAGGAAAGAUUCGAGGAGUAUUUGAGUAAUGUGAAGAAAGGGAAGGCCACAAUUGCUGCAGGUGCUUUGUUGCCACACGAGAUUAUUGCUGCACUAAAUGAUGAUGAUGACGGUCUAGUUGCCGAGCUUCAAUGGCAGAGAAUGGUGGAUGACUUGGCCAAGAAUGGUAAAUUGAAAAACUGUCUUGCAGUCUCUGAUGUUUCGGGCAGCAUGAGUGGAAUACCAAUGGAGGUGUCUGUUGCUCUCGGUGUUUUAGUCUCGGAAUUGAGCGAGGAGCCAUGGAAAGGACAUGUGAUCACCUUCAGCGAGAAUCCGUCGCUUCAGAGAGUCCAAGGAGAUAGUUUGAAAGACAAGACGGAGUUUGUGAGGGACAUGGAUUGGGGGGGAAACACAGAUUUUCAGAAGGUGUUUGAUCAGAUUCUGAAAGUCGCUGUGGAGGGAAAACUGAAGGAGGAACAAAUGAUUAGAAGGUUGUUUGUUUUCAGUGACAUGGAGUUUGAUCAGGCUUCUCUGAAGCCUUGGGAAACUGAUUACAGGACCAUAGUCAGGAAAUAUAGAGAAAAGGGGUAUGGGAACUGUGUCCCGGAAAUAGUGUUUUGGAAUCUCAGAAAUUCAAAGGCCACACCAGCUUCAGGAGAUGAGAAAGGGGUAGCAUUAGUGAGUGGAUUUUCAAAGAAUUUGCUCACACUGUUCUUGGAAGAUAAUGGAGAGCUGAGCCCAGUUUCAGUGAUGGUGGCUGCAACUUCAAAGAAAGAGUAUGAGAAGCUAGUUGUUGUUGAUUGA